CCGACGUUCUACUUCAGGAGACCCAAGCGCACUGUAUCUUCUCUCUAUACCAUCGCCAGUGCUCCUCUAUACUAUUGCCAGCGUUCCUCUCUGCUCUCGGACAAGAGUCCAUGAUGCUGCGUUCGUCCCGCACCCUUACGCAGUCCGCCCCUCUGUCUCGGAAGCGGUUAUUCUCCCAGGCAUCAACAUCCUCAAUCUGUGCUCGCAAGCCCUUGCAGGGGCGCGCAGCCCUAACUUCAGCCUCUGCGAUUGCAGCGGCUGGAGGUUUGUGGUACGUGACGCGCGAAGAAAUCCACAACGACGCUGUCAUAGCUCCUACCGCUGCGGCUGCGGGCAAAAAAACUACCGUCACGGGUGUUUCUCGUCAAGACGGCUCUCUUGCCACGCUCGUUUGGGGGUCAAACAAGAAUCAUCUCCUUUCUGCAGACAGCCAAAUACCAGACUCCGUGCGAACUCCCGCCGCUGUAGACUGGCUCCAGGACAUCGCGCUUCGUGACAUUGCACUACAAGAGAAGCAUGCCGCCUGUAUCGACGCCAAUGGGGACGUAUAUCAGUGGGGAGACGGCUUCUUUGGGUCCUCCGGUUCAGCAAGUUCAUCUUCUGGCAAGCCUGUCUUGACUCUUCGGGGAAAGAAUGUUAUGUGCCUUCAGGCGACCGCAGACCGGGUUUUCGCUUUGUCAGCAUCCGGUAGGAUUUACGCCCUAGCAGCGAACCAGGUCAAGCAAGAACUCUCCGCGGGCCAGCCCAUCCCUUCGAGCAACCCGUGGUGGGGAACAGGAUGGUUCUGGGGAGAAGAAGAAAUCAUUGACUUUGCGGAGAUUAUGCCACAAGAAAAGUUAGGCUGGAACGAAAGAUUUGUUUCAAUCUCUGCUGGUAAAGAUCACAUACUGGCAUUGACUAAUACCGGGCGUACAUUUGCCCAUCCCAUCAACCUUCAGGCUAAUGCUUACGGACAACUGGGUAUGCGGAAGGUGGACGUUCCCGACCACUCACACGAUGGGCACCCCCACCUGCACCACAUUCGUAAACAGCUUGAUCUGACCCCCAAGGCAAUCGCCGACCCGUACGCAAAGUCCACGCCUGCGGUUCGCCGAGCUACAGAACCUACGGAGUCGAAAAGCCUAGAGCUAGCUGUUAACGACUCAAGUAUCCAUUUCUCCGAUCGGUUAUUUGAGGUGCCCGCCCUGGAAGGCGUGAAGGUAGAUCGUAUUGCAGCGGGCGCGCGAAGUAGUUUUGUUCUAUCAGGAGGCCGCGUUCUAGGCUGGGGGGCUAAUGAGUUUGGGCAGAUUGGACUAGGAGGCAACGUCACUCUGGCGGUAAUCACUGUGCCCACUGAGGUUAUCCUGUGGAGGACCACACCCCGCACGACGAAGACAACGUGUCUGGACAUCUAUGCCGGUGGUGAUCUGGCUUUUUUCAAAGUUGAGCGAGUGGAUGGUACGGCCAUGCCGUUUGUCGACGUCCUCGCCUGCGGUAACGGACAGUGGGGUGGGCUCGGUAACAACCUGUUCAGUAAUGGUCAAGGUACACCUGUCCGUGCCAGGAACGUCAGCGGACUAAUGGAGUAUGACGAAGGCUCAAAGAACUUGCAGCCGAUAUACCCGCACCAAAUAUCUGUGUCACCGGAUGGACACGUCCUACUGACCCUCGAGACGCUCUCGCGAGGAGGUCCAGGCGGCGCAGGCCGAGACUUACUCGUGUGGGGUGCAAACCAGGAGUUUCAGCUUGGGAAUGGCAAGCGUGGAAGCCUUGCCGUUCCAACGGCCCUGCAUGCCCUUAAUGGUGAGCGCGUUAUCUUGGGCAAGCGCAGGGCAGAUAUCAGGGACAUGAAGGGCAAGGUCUGGAAGAAGGGCGUGCAGGUUGAGCAAUGCGCAGUCGCUGGUUGGGGCAACAGUGUUGUGUACUGGAGGAUAUGCCGGUGAGAUUGUUUGGUAGUGCUCGCGUUUAUUUCUGCCUCAAACGGGAGGUCGCUGCAUCCCACGACGGAAGAUUCUCACCGCUCCGCCGGUUUCUCAUCAUGUUCUCAAUGCUCAUUAUUCCGUGUAAUCUACUGUGUCAAAAUCACCACUCAGC